CACUGCAGCCGCCAACGGUGCCGCUGUCUGACGAUGGUAGACUGGAAAGACGGAUGGUCAGGGCCGUCCCCGUCUUACCUGAACAUGCAAGUGUAACUUGAUUCGUGUCCGUUUGUAGUGCUGAACCGGGCUACACGUUUAUUUAGCGUUAGCUACUCAUACAACUUGUGUUUUUUAAUCAUGGAGGACGACUGUGUUUGUGAGUACGACUCGACCUGGGACACAGAGAGUGAUGGAGACGACCCGGCCGGAGAGAGCCAAACCCGUCGGUCAAGUCAAGACAAAAACAAAUCUGGUUGGACUUUAUGGCAUCAUACGCACAGAAACGUGAGGGCAGCAAAGGACAUGCAGAACUACAGAAGAGGAUACCCAAAUCUUACAGAUGAUGAGUGCUCAGAAGACAAAAUGAACAACUUGCAGUUUUAUCUCAAUAAGUUUCCCUCCGCUCCUGAUGAUAUAUACAUUGAGUCAUUUCUUAAGGAUUGGAAAAAUGACUACAAAAGACUGGAGAGAGUUCACUCCUACAUUCAGUGGUUGUUUCCACUGCGAGAACCGGGGGUUAAUUACAUGGCUUCAGAACUCACCAAGAAGGAAAUUGAGGCCUUUAAGAAGAAUGAGGACGCCAAAAGGAGACUAGUUGAGUCCUAUGAACUAAUGUUGGGCUUCUAUGGCAUCCGUUUGGUCAACAAAGAGACAGGUGAAGUGAAACGCGCAGAAAAUUGGAAGGAACGCUUUGGAAACCUGGAGCGCCUCAAAUGUCUAAUCUCUUGCAGGAACUUGCACAACAACCUGCGCAUCACCCGCAUCCUGAAGAGCCUCGGGGAGCUGGGAUUUGAGCGCUAUCAGGCCCCACUUGUGCGCUUUUUUCUCGAAGAGACUUUAGUCAAAAAGACUCUUAGCAGUGUUAAACGCAGCGUGCUUGACUAUUUCUUGUUUGCUGUGCUGGAUAGGCAGAAACGUCAGGAGCUCGUGCGCUUUGCCUACCAUCACUUUGAGCCAAAGGAUAAGUUUGUAUGGUGUCCCAGAAAGAUUCAGAAACAAUUCAGGAAGGCAGAGAAAAGAUCUGAUGCCAUUGGGAAUGGAGAUGGAAAGGAAGAAGUGUAUUCCCGGGGUAAAAGCAAAGAUGGAGAAGCCAUUGUACAACAAAAAGAGGAUGGAUUGGAUAAUGUUACAAAGGUUCAGAAAGGAACUGAUAAAACAGCAAGUAAAGACAAAAACAAACUGUCAGAGGCAUCCCCUGAGCAAAAACCAGAAGCUGAGACUGUAGGAAAUGGAAACGCAGAGACUGAGUCUAAUAAUGAGAUUUUGGGGAAUGGAAAUGACUCUACAGAUGAUGUUGAUGAAAUGGAUCAGUCGCCCAGUCCUGACACUGUGGCGGCAAAAACUGAGCCAAGUGCAGACAGUGAGCGCAAAUUUACCGACAACUCAAAGGACACCAUCCAUGAACCAGACAACGGUAUGCAAACAGAUGGGGACAUAGACACUGAAAAACCACCGAAGAAGAAGAGAGAAGAUAACAAGGUGCUGCCAAGUAAUGGCUCUGCUGGGGACUCAGCCAUUGGGCAGAUGGAGGAAAAAUCUGUUGCUAAUAAAUCCACUGGUCAAACGAGCCCAUCAGUGCAAACCCUACUUAAGACUUCAAAGUACUCGCCCUCUCUUUCUUUGGGAAGGGAGGAAAAAAUUCCAAGGACUGAAUUUAAUCACGUGCCAGAUAAAAAGGAAGAGGAAGACACGUCACAGGAAAAUGUGUCAGCAACAAAUGGGUCACUGACAAGCAUCGAAAAACCUGUGGAUGAAAGGAGAAAUGGGAAGGAGUUGGAGGAUAUUGAUAUGGCAUCAAACCCCUCGAGCUCAGACCAAAAUGUGGGGAAUUCGUGAAUGAACUGAAUGGUUGGAGAAAAUAAAUUAAAUUGAGCUUAAAUGAAACUUAAUAUAGGGACAGAGUAUGACUUUGAAAAGACUUUCUGGGCCUUAUUUCUACUGUAUUUGAUGUUUAGAUGUUGAGUCUUUUCACUUUGAAGGAGUAUAUGGAUUGAUUAAUUCACCAAAUGUGGGAUUGGAUGUGACUCAGUUUCUACAUGCCCAUCAGAUAAUAUUAAAGGAUAAGGCUGUUGAUAUUCUAUAUUCUGGGGGUUUUUUAUUCACCAAAUCCCAUGAAAAGAUCAAAAGUGAUGGAAGCGUAAGUUGGUCCCUCAGUACUUUCUGACUUCCCCACCCUGUCUGUUACACUUCCUUUUAAAGACAUGCAUCUUUAACAAUAGGUCAAGAAUAUAUAGUUCUAUUUUUUUAAAAGGCUAUUUAGUUUUACAGCUGGAUCCUACACAGCAGCAGGAUGGUGAAUGUGGCAUUGACUUAAAAUAAACGACAGUGCCCAAUGUUUAUUGUAAUGAAGGAGCGUGUCAUCUUGUGCAACAGUGCGGCCUCGUUAUGGGUUUCAUAGCCUCUGGACAACAGUCGAAGACGGCACGGAGGAAUAAGCUAUAAUCAGGCUUUGGCUACACAGACGAUACUUGUGAGUUGGAUAAAUUCAUCGUUAGUUUUGGUCUUUUCAUGGGAUUUCUUGACAAUAAGAAAAAUAUUCAAUAUUACCAGACGUAUCCUUUAAGGUAGUAACGACUAAGACUGUCAGCAACUGACAGUAAAUAUCUCUACAGAAUACAUAAAGCACUAUUAUUAAUGUAUGUCAAUGCAAUGAUGAUUUCAGCAUUUUUAACACCUUACUACUUUCACAAUUGAACAGUUUUUUGCACUGAGAAAUAAUUAAUUGGAAGAGCCUUUUUUUUUUUUUUCCUUUUUGAGCUGUAAAAGUAAAAUCUACUUCUGUUUUGGUUUGUGUUUCUACUGGACCCUGCUGUUCAAAUGGAUUUAAGACUGAAUGUCACUUAAGUUAUAUUUCAAUAAUGUUGCACAUCUGCAUGUUUUCAUGCAGAUUUGGGAAGUAGACCUUUUGAACAACUGCCAGAAAUGAGAUAAGACUGCUUGAUUGUACAAUACGCAUGUCUUCUCGGCAGAACUAGCUUUGGCUAUAAUUUAAAGUCCACUGUAUGUUAAUUUGAGAUGGGUGCAGACCAUGGAUAUUUAGAAGCCAAGGUGGUUAUACUGAUGCGUCUUUUUAUAUUUGCACUUAAUUUUGAAUAUUAAUUGUUGAAUUUAUGGUAAUUACAUAAUGAAAUGGUACUAACUUUACAAAAGUGCUGAAUUCUUUAUAUAUGACUUUUUUUUUCCUAGUAAAUACCUGGCUGUUGACUAAGCAAAAUAAAGUUAUACUAUUUUC